CGGAGCAACGCAAUAGUUUAAAAGAUGCCGUGCUAUCAAUUCAUGUUUCAAACAGUGUAUAUUCUUCACGUCUCAAUCCUCGCAUCUUUUCGUUCAUACAGAAUACAAUCAACAUAUCAUACCGCCCAACACAUUUCAGAAAACUCUACUAGAGACUUUUGCUCCUCGUCGCUUCAUCAACCUCACCGGACAUCAACAUGAAGUAUACUAAAGUCUUCUUCUCCUUUAUUAUUGUCAUUGCUUCGAGCGCUAGCCUUCAACCCAACGCCCACUCGGGCACUUCGGAAGUCGUUGCUCGCAAUCCCCAGGACGAGAUUCAAGGCAAUCCCGGCACUUCAGAGGUCAUUGCUCGCAAUUUUUCCCAGGACGAGAUCGAAAGCGAACAAUACCAUAGCGCAACCAGCAACCAGCACAAGGACGUAAACAAUUUGGAGAAGAGGAAAAGAAGGAAAAAGAACAAGUUCGGUUCUGGAAGAGCCAAUAAUAACCACCAGAAUACCACCACCCCAUCGAAGGCCAAUCCCCCAAAGAACAUCAACAUGAGGGUUUUGGUGGCUGGAGUCGUUGGGGCUAGCGUUGGUGCCAGUGUAAUCUUUCUUUGAGCGGAUCCAUAGAGGCCGAUUCAAAGCUCAGAGUGCAAGCACCGAAGGGGCACACUACGUUUGGUUAAGGCCGCAUUUUCCAUGGCCGGGAUAUGCGUAAGAGUGGAUAUUAGAUUGGAAUCCUUGAAAGACAGCUUCGUUGGGGUGAUUAGGCCAUUAGGGGGUUCAGACGGUCA